AAGCAAAAGCGUGCUAUAAAUGAUUAGGUUCCUGAGUAGAACACGGUUUAUUCGCGACAAAAGCAGGUCUUUUUGAUAUCUCAAGACUUCUGUUCUACAGUAACCAAAAUGUCCGAAGCAGAGAAGAAAGGCGUACUCGACGUCUUGACGGAGAAACAGCUACAUUACAUAGUAGCUCGAAUGUGCGAACCGGGUUCCCAAAUCAUAAGUUACGAUCUCAAACCAGCUUGUGAGGAAGGCUUAGCUGGUUUCCUCGGAGAGCACUUCAGGAUGACGCUUUGCGUAAAUGAAUCCAACUUUGUGCGAAAGAUCCAUUUGUUCGUAAAGAUAGUACCAACGAGAAAUAAGCCUAAAGCUGAUUUCAUAGAGCAGAAUCAGUUUUUUAAGAAGGAAGCUUUGGUUUUUCAGUUGCUUGAACAUAUUCAGGAGGUGAACUGUGUAAAACCCUGGUGCACCAAAGCAGUCAUUCAUAACGAGAAGAUGUUGGUAAUGCCAGAUCUUUCCAUCCACGGUUACAAGACAUGUUCGUCACAGACAUACUUUGAUCGCAACCACGUCUUCGUAUCGGCCACGUCGCUGGCCCGCUUCCACGCAGCCUUUGCGAACUACUUCACAAAAAGAAACCAACAAAAACCAGACUUUCUCGAGGAAAAUGGCUUAAUUAUUGAACAGGAGUUCAGUGACUCUCAGUGGCUACUAUGUGCAGCUAAAGUCACUUACAACAUCCUUAUAGAAUUUUCGUCUAAAGCAAAACAUUAUCCUGCAGAUUUGGAAGAAAAACUAGCUCAACUCUACAUUCAAGGUUAUGCCAGUCUCAAAAAUAAUGGAGACACCCUCAAUCUAGUUAUUCAUAAAGAUUUGUGGGCGAACAACAUUCUGUUUCAGUACAAAAAUGAUGUACCAAUAAACGCUGUACUAAUAGACUUUCAACUUUCAACUUAUGCUCCACCUGCAUUUGAUCUGAUGUCGUUGUUAUAUUUGACAACGUCUAACGAAUUCCGGGAUCGUUAUGAAAGUGAAGUUCUUCAGACUUACUAUGGAGUAUUUUCGGAGAAUUUAGACGAUGCUACUAAAAGGAGAUUGCAAGAUUUGAAAUAUGAUUUUGAAGGGUUUUUAACUUGGUGCAAGAAGGCCCGUAUGUUUGGAAUGGCACAAGCGAGUGCCACUUUGCCCUGUGUCUGCAUGGAUCCUGAAGUAGGGAAGUCGACGUUUGAUAACCCGGAUACGUACAUGGAGCGCCUGACAGAGAACAGAUUCAAGCCGGUGGUAGAGCAUGCUAGAGAAAAUAUUCAGUACAGACUCAAGUUGUUGGAAGUUAGUGAAGAAUUCGUGGGAAAAUACGUUUUGGGAAUGUAGCGAGAGAAAACUGCCUCAAUCAAUUUACCGAACUUUUUAAACAAUAUUAAGCGCAACAUUAAAAUACCUACGAGAAUUGAAUGUAGGUAGGUAGUUAGGUACUUAUACGACGUAGUGAGCCAUACUAUAUACUAUCUACGUAAGGAACUGCAGAUGGCCGGCGAGCGGAUUCCAUUCAUAACUUUAUUUUAAAAGAACUAGAUUUUAUAUCAUUGUAAGUAGGUAAUUCUGAUGUGAUGAAAUAAAUCAAACUAAAAAUAUAGUUAAUUGA